UCCUUGUUAGAGUAUUUAAUCCUCAUUCCGCAAGUGGAAUUAUGGUCCAAGGAUCAGACAGUUGUGGGGGGAGUUAUCAUUUUGUGACAUAUACAGGAGCUCCAAUCACUGAUCGAGAUGCUCGAAGAUUGGCUAAGCGUAAUGUCAUGCAACAUAUCCACCGCAGUAGGAAGAAUGCUCUUGCGGUCCGACGGCACAAGCCGUUACUAUACAGUCUUGACGUGCUGCACGAAUUCACUGAACGACAGGCGACUUCUUCAGAACCACUCGACUUAGAUCCUAGCCACACCAAUUUGGUUCCGUUUAAUGUGCCAGAUAAUGCAUGCUGCUCGGCAUCUCCCCAAAAAGAUGCAGUCCCGGACAGCAUGUCGACAACAGUCCUUCUGCCCGGCAUAAUGACCAUGUACAGGCUCGGAGCUGGUCGCGGUGACCCGUUUUUGAAAUUUCCAAUCAACAUCACUCCCAGAUCUAGGGAGCUUGUAGACAUCAUCUUCAAAGAACGGGGAGGCAAGGCAAGCCCACUCAAGGUUGCAUGGUUCCAAAUAAGCAUACUCGAUGCAGCAGCGUUCCACCAAUUACUCUCAGGUGCCGCGACAUAUUUCAAUAACCUUCGAAAUGGAGAUAGUUUGCAAGCAGAUGAAGAAUCUCUUGCCCAUCACACCUACUCGCUUCAGUUGAUCAACCGGCAGAUGCGAGACGUGAAACUUGCAACAACUGAUGGCGUAAUAUCCUCAAUCAUUGGCUUUGCUUGUUACUAUCACUUGGUGGGAGAUCUAAGGAGCUGGAAGAUGCACUUAGAUGGACUGAAAGAGAUCGUUCACUCGCGAGGCGGUAUCCAGACUUUAAAUUCUGUCAGAUUUCUGAGAAUCAUGCUGUCUUGUAUCGACAUAUCGGGCUCUUGCACCCUUGACGACGUACCAAACUUUCCUCUAGCUUAUCCGAUUUCCACCAUACAGCCGUCGAUGCCUUUCUCAAACCUAGAGUCGAAGUACCGACGCAUUUCCAACAACCUCGCUUUUACCUUCAGAGACAACUUCGCACUGGUCGAACUUUUGGUAGAUCUGAUUCGAGAAUCCUCACACUUACAAAGCGAGAUCCAACUAACCGAAGGAAAGAUCCUGAUGGACUCGAUAUAUAUCUGCGACUACACCAACCCACUUCUUCACAGACUGUUGUCACUCCCAAGGCAAAAACACGCAUCGAAAGUUGCUGAUAUGGCUGAGAUGAUUCGGCUGGCUGCAAUACUGUACCUGAUAGGCAUUCGGCAAAGCUUUGGGAUAUACCCAACGCGGGUGACGAGCCAGAUUCGAAAGUUGUCAGUCUUGCUGAUGACAUCUGAGACUGAUAGCGCUCAGGCGAGAAUGUGGAAAGACCGUGGGUUGGGUUGCAUACAGCUCUGGAUUAUCGUCGUAGGCGGAGUAUUGUGUGACGAGAAGGAUGGGGCAUCGUGGUUUGCGAAACACCUACAUGCUGCCAUGCAUAGGAUGUCUGUAGCAACCUACGGUGAUUUGGAGGGAUUUUUGAAGGGCUUUUCUUGGGUUGAUGAAAUUCACGGAACUCUUUUGAAAGAUUUUAGAAGGAAAUUGAUUACUUGAAACAAC